GGCGCGAGGCGAAGUGAGGUGGCCGGGCCGGGGUCGGCGGCCCCGCGGGCCAUGUACGGCGACGUGUUCAACGCCACGGGCGGCCCGGAGGCGGCGGUAGGCGGCGCCCUGGCUCUGGCAGCCACGGUCAAGGCGGAGGGAGCUUUGCCGCUGGAGCUGGCCACCGCGCGCGGGAUGCGGGACGGCGCGGCCGCCAAGCCCGACCUGCCCACCUACCUGCUGCUCUUCUUCCUGCUGCUGCUCUCCGUGGCGCUUGUCGUCCUCUUCAUCGGCUGCCAGCUGCGCCACUCGGCCUUCGCUGCGAUGCCCCACGACCGCUCGCUGCGGGACGCCCGUGCGCCCUGGAAGAUGCGGCCGGUGUAGCGGCUGGGCCAGCCAGUCCGGCGGGUGCCGGUCCCGGUCUCGCCACCAGCAGUCGGUAUGAACCCUGCAGGGCGCUCCUGACUCCCCUGGGAACACUGUGCCCUGACCCCAACAACCCUUCCAGGCCUCGAGCUGCAGCCGGGACAUCAAGGGAAUCGGAGGCGUUAGGACGCUGCAGAGGACCCGGACCCUCGUGGCCCCGGGGAAUCAACGUUUUGCUCCCCUGGCAGAGCCUCUUUUUCCUGGACAGCGGGUCCGCUGGGUGCCUUUCCGCAAUUCGGCGCGCCUGCCCGGACGCGGGAGCCCUCCUCGCCGCCUGCCUACUUCCCUACUUCGUACAUUCAAGGGGCAGGCGCCGCGAGACUCCCCUGUGGCCCUGUGGCAGUCUUUCCGCGGCUGCUACCGCCGUCCCCUUCUUUGGUACCAAGGGUCCCACUAGGUUCCGAGCGUGAACUCAUCCAGGCUUGGGAAUGAUGGCCCUUGGGGGCUGCAUCCCCGGGGGAAGUGAGGGGACGCGGAGUUUCACUGGGUCCCGCCAGGGUCCGAGGACCCGGUUUUCCCCGCCCGCAAGCGCGGAGGGGAAGCAGUUCUAGAGGCACAGCGUCCCACUUGCAGCAGCCUGUGGUCAAAGAUCCGCGUCCUACAUCUCCAGGGGCCGUAUUUCUACAAUAAAACCUCACCGAAUUAGAUCCA